UGGAGUCUAGGAGGAGACCGCGGCAGGAAGCCCGGCAGCCCGGCAAGACGUGGUCGAGCGAGCCUCGAACCAGAGGAGGAAGAGGGCGGCGGCGGGGGGGGGGGGAAGCGAAGCGAAGCUGCGGCGGGAGAGAGAAAAGGCAGCGGCCGCUCUGUGUGGCCCCGGCGACGGCGGCGACUGUGAAGUCGAGGGCUGCCUGCCCGGCCUCUCGCUCCGUCUUCUCUUCCUUUGCCGCGUCGUCGUCGGCGGCGGUGCGGGCGCUGGGAGCCCGCCCGGAGGCAUCUCUCUGCCUUUGCCGGGCUCGCCCCGCUGAAGAGGGGACGAAAAGCCUUUGGACGCCAGGAAUAAGCAGGCUCUUGUGGGCGGCCGGGAGGGCGAUGGAACCCCGAGGAUCUGCCGCCGGGCGGCCCCGGCUACCUCGCUUUCUCCAGGUGGAUUUAUAGAAGGGGGCGAAGAAAACUGCGGGCGCCGCCGGGGAAUUAAUUGGGCGUCCUCGCUCGGUUUUUCCUUCGCGCUUGAUCCUGGUGACCGCCGCCACCGGCGGCAAGGCGAAGCGGAAGCAGCUGAGCGAAGCAGCGGCGGCGGCAGGACUGAGCGACGGGCAGUGCUUUUCGUCGUCGUCGUCGUGCUCCUUUGGCGGCCGACGGGGGGCUCCCAGGCCCGGCUUGCUCCUCGCCUUCCUUCUUCCAGCUCGGGAUUGCCAUUCCAUGCCGGCGGCCGUGCACUCGACGACUUAAGCCGGGAGGGGCGAGCUCGUUGGCUGCCCGGGGAUUUGCCUCUGGUUGUGGCUCCUUCGUGUGUGGGGAGAUUGUGGACGCCUCCGUUCCUCCGGGCGCCGCGGAGUUGGCGAACCUUUGGGGCAGGACCCGCCGGCGGCGCCCCCGACCAUGGUAGCGCGCCGCGGGGGAUCCCCGCUCGGGAAGUGCUGCUGGGGGAUCUGGGUGCUUUUGUGCCGGACGGCGCUGGCCAGCUCGCUGGUGCUGGAGCCCAUCUACUGGAACUCCUCCAACUCCAAAUUCCAUCCUGGACAAGGAUUAGUACUGUAUCCAAAGAUUGGAGAUAAACUGGAUAUUAUAUGCCCAAAGGUGGAUUCUAAGACUAGUGGUCAGUAUGAGUACUACAAAGUCUAUAUGGUUGAGAAAGACCAAGCAGACAGCUGUACUGUUAAAAAGGACAACACUCCUCUGCUCAACUGUGCCAAGCCUGAUCAAGAUGUUAAGUUUACCAUCAAGUUUCAAGAGUUUAGCCCUAAUCUCUGGGGUUUAGAAUUUCAGAGAAACAAAGACUAUUACAUCAUAUCAACAUCCAAUGGAUCCCUUGAAGGCUUGGAUAACCAGGAGGGAGGUGUAUGCCAGACAAAAGCCAUGAAGAUCCUUAUGAAAGUUGAACAAGUUCCCAAUUCUGGUGGGUCCCCAAAUAAUGCUGAUCCAACUAAACGCCCGGAACAGGAAGCUGGUACCAACGGGAAAAGCUCCACAACAAGUCCCUUUGUAAAGGAUCAUGCAGGUCCCAACUCAGAUGGGAGCAAAGCUGGACAUUCCAGUAUCCUUGGUUCAGAGGUGGCCUUAUUUGCAGGGAUAGCUUCAGGGUCCAUCAUAUUCCUCCUCAUCAUCAUCACACUGGUGGUUCUUUUGUUGAAGUAUCGAAGGAGACACAGGAAGCAUUCGCCUCAGCACACGACAACUUUGUCACUUAGUACAUUAGCAACCCCAAAACGCAGUGGGAACAACAACGGGUCUGAACCCAGUGACAUUAUCAUCCCUCUGAGGACUGCAGAUAGUGUUUUUUGCCCUCACUAUGAGAAAGUCAGUGGUGACUAUGGACAUCCUGUGUACAUAGUUCAAGAGAUGCCCCCUCAAAGCCCAGCAAACAUUUAUUACAAGGUCUGAUGAACACUCAGUGUGGUACCUGUUUUGAAACUCUCUCUCUCUGUCUGGUCAAAUGCUAUCCGUGACACAGAGGUUGGGGAUUGUGAUGAGCCACUGUGUGGGUUCCUGGACCAGAUGCAGAGGAGGGAACAGCAAGCUCCACCCUAUUACAGAGAGCUGCUUUGAGGGGGCAGCUUUCGAGUCUGUAGAAUUCCUGUCUUGGUGAACAAGCAUUUACUUGGAAGCUGGAAGAAGUUACAUACAAGAUUCCCAUAGCAAUUGCUGUUUGUUCAUCACCUUCUAAGCCAUGUGCUGUAGGCAUUCAGGCACGUACAAAAAACCCCAGGGAAGAUGGAGCAACUCGCAGAUACUAAUGGUUUUAGGCAUUCUAGGAAGAGAGUCUUAAGUCAUCAAGCUUGAAAUGCAGCCCUGUGACUUUGUGUGUGCUUCUCUUGGUGCUCAUGGAUUUGUCUUACAGACCUCUGCUUUUAAGUAAGAUUUAAAACUUUUUUGUUUGUUUUAGUCAGUCCCUGUGGCAUUUUACUUCAACUGAACGGCAUUCUGUCAUCCUUCACGUGAAAAUUUAUGCACUCCAUAUCACGCAUUGCUUUUGGAAAAGUGAUUUUUCUAAAAAUUAUUUUUUACCAUCCCAUACUCCACCUAUUUGUGAAAGCAGCCUUACUUGAAUGGAUAAUGCUUUGGGAGAGACUUUGGGCUUGCUGAAAGGAGAAUCUUCCAGCCAAAAGCUAGCUUGUCAGCCGAAUCCACAAUAGAAGUGACGUGUGGCAGAAGAGAGUGGGAAGGGCUGAAAGAAUGCUACUGUCUCUGGAAUAUCAACUAGACAAAGCUAGACAAUUUAAAUAGCACAGCACUUUGAUAUCCGGAGUUCAAUGAAGAGUGUUAACACACAGCAAUAGGAGCAGCUGAUUAGGGUCUGUACUUGAAGGAUGCCAAGGUUUUCUCAAAUAGUAACUUGCAGGAGGAAAUACUUCUCCCAUAAAGUAGUGCAAGUAAAUUAAUGUGCCUGAAAGACAAGACAAUAGAAGGCUGCUGGUGAUAUAUUAGGGCACGACUGCUGUGGUACUUUACCAGCAAUAAGAUGUACAGCUUUGAACUAGCUGUAGCAAAAUCUUGGUCUGCUUCAAAUGAUUUUUUUAAGCAGACGCAGCUGCUAUUACUUAUCAUAUUUUAUCUAAUCAUAGGGAAAAAGAAAACAGCAACAUCUGACAUAGACAAAUCACAAGCAUAAUGGUCAAGGGGGCUAUAAUUCCAUCACUUAAAACAAAGCAUUCACAUCUAUAUAAAAAUUGGUCAGGAUUGUAUUUUUCCUUCAAUCAAGCCUUUUGACAUUCUGAUUUCUGGAAGUGCAUUUUGAGUUAGUCUUGCACUGCCAAUUCAUGGGAUUUUUCUCUUUCUGAAAUAAAGCACAUAUGGUAAACCACCACGAUGCAACACAUUCGGCUACAAGAAGGGGAGGUAUAAUGUGACUUAUUUAUAAUAAGUGUAUAGAACCCCAGGGACGUAUGGUAGCAGAUUUUGUUCAGAUUACUAAUAUAUCUAUAUAUUGAAAUUGCACACAAUCCUUACAGAAGAUGUGAAAUUCCUCUGUGACCAUGAAAUCAAUUUGGCUACUUCUGGGGGAAAAGAAAUCUUUAACUCCCAAAAGAAUAAUAGUGAGAAGAAAUGUAAAAUUAACCAAGCCCUCUUAGCUGUUUUACAUAACCAGUAGACUAGGAAACAAAGCCCCUGAAUCAUGAGAGAUAAGUGUAUAACUACACAAUGUAUUUUAACAAGAUAUUCUGAUAUGGCUUUUUUUUUUUUUUGUGCUGUGUUUUCCCGCCUUGCCUUAUGAGAUGGAGUAUUUUUUGAGCUGGAUACCAAUAGGAAAGUUUACUAUAAAGUUCCUGCUUUGAAGCAUAGUUGUUGUUCUCCUCCAACCUCUGCACCCUGGGGGACAUAAAUCUACUUUUUUAUGUGCUAUGCAAAAUAGAUGUCUUAUCACAUAAUCCUGUUACCAUAGCAACACUUCACUUUCUGGACUCGAAAGAAGUUGUAGCGACAGCAUUUUAAGGUUCUCAACUUCCACAGAGCACAUGCAAAAAAGAGAAAAAAAGAAAAAAAACCACCACACCACACACUACACCACAGAGUCCUGUCAUAGAAAUGAUUACUUUCAGUAUUUCCUGAACCUGAAAAUGACGUUGGUGCAUGAAGGGAGAGAUGGAGGGGAGGGGAAAGCGAGAAGUAGCAUGGUUCUGUGGGAGGUUACUAUGGUAACUAGCUACAGCACAGAAGCAGUCGUUUCCUAAAGCUUUUCUCUCUAUGAACCCAUCCAUGCAAGGUUUUUCUUGUAAGUCCUUAGGAUUUGGAGGGGAAGUGGAAAAAUAGAUAGGGUAGUUUAAAAAAAAAAAAACCUGAAAGAGGUUGUUUAGCCAGUUAGUUCCCUUCUUAUAAUGUACUAAACAUGGGGAGGGGAGAUAUUGAAUAAAUCUAUAAAGAAGAGCAACCGGCAACCCAGGAGAGGGGGGGAGGUUGGGACAAAGGAGCCCCGUGUACCUGUGUUGUGUCUUGUGCAGAAUAAUGACAAUCUUGCCAACUGUUCCUUGAGGUUGGUGUUUGGUUCAGCUUUGAAAAGUUACUGUAAAUGCCUUGCUUGUGUUAGCCCUAACUUUUUGAAAAUUUACAUCAUCCUGUUUUGAGAGUGAAGAUGCUGUAAAUAACUUGAGAUUGACUGUAUAUGGAUUUGGGGUGUUACAGUAGCCUUAUUCACCUUUUUAAAUAAAGAUUCAAUUAAAAAUACACAUGGAAUCAAGAAUAAACAUCUUUUCUUAACCAGACUGUGUAUAUAAAGCAACACUGGUUUUUU